GCAGACGCCUUGUAUUCAAUAACUUUGCAAACGAAAUAUUUGUUGACCAUUUUAAAAUCAUAUUUUUCUAAAUAUGUACGUGUUUAUUAAAUGUUUUGUGUGUGUUUUGUGUGUGAAAUAUGUUUUUGCCUUGAACGAAGGGGAUCCCUGCAUGGCCAACAAUGAUGCUGGCGUAUGCAAGAUAUUAGAUGACUGCGACUAUGCCGUCAAGCUGCUGACUAUUGACGAAAAGAAACCCCCAAUGUGCAGAUGGAAAGGUAGCACCAGAAUCGUGUGCUGCCCCCUUCAGGAUCGCUCCUACAACGUCGGGGCAUUUCGGAGCUACUUUGGGGGCUCGAACAAUGGGGUACUACGGUCACAGGACAUGUUUAAGUUUGAGCUGCCCUCUCCAGGACCGCUCCUACAACGUCGGGGUAUUUCGGAGCUACUUCGGGGGUCGAACAACGGGGUACUACGAUCGCAGGACAUGACCUGCCGGUACGACGGCAGCCUACCCAUCCUGUGCUGCCAGAACGUGCCCGAAGCCGCUCCCCCCGCGGAACCAGUUGGCUGCCCCCCCUUACAACUGCCAUCGGGGGACAGAAACGACAUCCCUUUUAAAAAAUGCCUAGAGUACCAGCGCUACGUGAACGUAUGCGUGUCCAGCGAUUCGAACCCGGACUCGUACGUGAGAGAAGACACGUGCAGCGUUGAAUCAUUCGGCGACAGGAUCACUGGAGGGACGCCGGCGCACCGCAACGAGUUUCCACACAUGGCACUGUUAGGCUGCAGAAAUACUGUAAACACCGGACUUGGACCCGUGGUGUGGGUGGCCGGAGGGUCACUUAUUAGUGACAGAUUCAUCUUGACGGCGGGACAUGUACUCUCACAUAGAGACUAUGGCCUCCUCCGCUACGUGCUGCUCGGAGCAACCAACAAGUCAGAAGCCCGAGAUGGUCUACUGUUCAACAUCAUUAGGUUCAUACCACACAAACUGUAUCAAAAAAACGAGAAGAAACAUGACAUCGCCCUGCUAGAACUUGAUAGAAGGGUAGAGUUCUCAGAGUUCAUCCGGCCCGCGUGUCUACCUUCCCCAGCUAUACCUAUAACUACGGACCGGAUCCUAGCCGGGUGGGGCAAGACCGGAGAACAGGCUAGUGAGUCACAAGUACUUAUGAAGGUGACGGUUCCCGAAUAUGACUAUGAAUCUUACUGCAAGCAAUUCUUCUCGCAAGCAGCAGAUAAUUUAUUUGACAAGGAAACCAUGUUGUGUGCUGCAGGCGGUAAAGGUGACAAUAAGGACUCUUGUCAGGGCGACAGCGGCGGGCCUAUGAUGGCGUACGCCCGCGACAUACAUUGCUCGUUCGUGGUGCGCGGCAUAGUGUCUUUCGGGCCCCGCUGUGGCGCUGGUGUGCCAGGCGUCUAUACAAAUGUGCAGUAUUAUAUGGCGUGGAUACAAAGUGUCGUGUGGCCGAAAUAACUACAAGUGUCGCGUAGAUUGUUUAAUAGUAUAUAGAACUAUGUAUCA